AUGCCCUCACCCCCACCACCCACAGAGGCUUCCCACGCCCUCAACCCCACCACCCACAGAGGCUUCCCACGCACUCACCCCCACCACCCACAGAGGCUUCCCACGCACUCACCCCCACCACCCACAGAGGCUUCCCACGCCCUCACCCCCACCACCCACAGAGGCUUCCCACGCCCUCGCCCCCACCACCCACAGAGGCUUCCCACGCCCUCGCCCCCACCACCCACAGAGGCUUCCCACCCCCUCGCCCGCACCACCGACGGUGGCUUCCCACCCCCUCGCCCGCACCACCGACGGUGGCUUCCCACCCCCUCGCCCGCACCACCGACGGUGGCUUUCCUCCCCCUCGCCCGCACCACCGACGGUAGCUUUCCUCCCCCUCGCCCGCACCACCCACGGUGGCUUUCCUCCCCCUCGCCCGCACCACCCACGGUGGCUUUCCUCCCCCUCGCCCGCACCACCCACGGUGGCUUUCCUCCCCCUCGCCCGCACCACCCACGGUGGCUUUCCUCCCCCUCGCCCGCACCACCCACGGUGGCUUUCCUCCCCCUCGCCCGCACCACCCACGGUGGCUUUCCUCCCCCUCGCCCGCACCACCCACGGUGGCUUUCCUCCCCCUCGCCCGCACCACCCACGGUGGCUUUCCUCCCCCUCGCCCGCACCACCCACGGUGGCUUUCCUCCCCCUCGCCCGCACCACCCACGGUGGCUUUCCUCCCCCUCGCCCGCACCACCCCCGGCGGCUUUCCUCCCCCUCGCCCGCACCACCCCCGGCGGCUUUCCUCCCCCUCGCCCGCACCACCCCCGGCGGCAUUCCUCCCCCUCCCCCGCACCACCCCCGGCGGCAUUCCUCCCCCUCGCCCGCACCACCCCCGGCGGCAUUCCUCCCCCUCGCCCGCACCACCCACGGCGGCAUUCCUCCCCCUCGCCCGCACCACCCACGGCGGCAUUCCUCCCCCUCGCCCGCACCACCCACGGCGGCAUUCCUCCCCCUCGCCCGACCCACCCACGGCGGCAUUCCUCCCCCUCGCCCGACCCACCCACGGUGGCAUUCCUCCCCCUCGCCCGACCCACCCACGGUGGCAUUCCUCCCCCUCGCCCGACCCACCCACGGUGGCAUUCCUCCCCCUCGCCCGACCCACCCACGGUGGCUUUCCUCCCCCUCGCCCGACCCACCCACGGUGGCUUUCCUCCCCCUCGCCCCACCAUCCACGGUGGCUUUCCUCCCCCUCGCCCCACCAUCCACGGUGGCUUUCCUCCCCCUCGCCCCACCAUCCACGGUGGCUUUCCUCCCCCUCGCCCCACCAUCCACGGUGGCUUUCCUCCCCCUCGCCCCACCAUCCACGGUGGCUUUCCUCCCCCUCGCCCCACCGUCCACGGUGGCUUUCCUCCCCCUCGCCCCACCAUCCACGGUGGCUUUCCUCCCCCUCGCCCCACCAUCCACGGUGGCUUUCCUCCCCCUCGCCCCACCAUCCACGGUGGCUUUCCUCCCCCUCGCCCCACCAUCCACGGUGGCUUUCCUCCCCCUCGCCCCACCAUCCACGGUGGCUUUCCUCCCCCUCGCCCCACCAUCCACGGUGGCUUUCCUCCCCCUCGCCCCACCAUCCACGGUGGCUUUCCUCCCCCUCGCCCCCUCCGCCACCGGUGGCUUUCCUCCCCCUCGCCCCCUCCGCCACCGGUGGCUUUCCUCCCCCUCGCCCCCUCCGCCACCGGUGGCUUUCCUCCCCCUCGCCCCUCCGCCACCGGUGGCUUUCCUCCCCCUCGCCCCCUCCACCACCGGUGGCUUUCCUCCCCCUCGCCCCCUCCACCACCGGUGGCUUUCCUCCCCCUCGCCCGCUCCUCCCACGGAGGCUUCCAUCACCCCCACGGAGGCUUCCCUCCCCCCCCACGGAGGCUUCCCUCCCCCACGCCCCCACCACCCACAGAGGCUUCCCACGCCCUCACCCCCACCACCCACAGAGGCUUCCCACGCCCUCACCCCCACCACCCACAGAGGCUUCCCAGGCCCUCACCCCCACCACCCACAGAGGCUUCCCACGCCCUCACCCCCACCACCCACAGAGGCUUCCCACGCCCUCACCCCCACCACCCACAGAGGCUUCCCACGCCCUCACCCCCACCACCCACAGAGGCUUCCCACGCCCUCACCCCCACCACCCACAGAGGCUUCCCACGCCCUCACCCCCACCACCCACAGAGGCUUCCCACGCCCUCACCCCCACCACCCACAGAGGCUUCCCACGCCCUCACCCCCACCACCCACAGAGGCUUCCCACGCCCUCACCCCCACCACCCACAGAGGCUUCCCACGCCCUCACCCCCACCACCCACAGAGGCUUCCCACGCCCUCACCCCCACCACCCACAGAGGCUUCCCACGCCCUCACCCCCACCACCCACAGAGGCUUCCCACGCCCUCACCCCCACCACCCACAGAGGCUUCCCACGCCCUCACCCCCACCACCCAUAGAGGCUUCCCACACCCUAACCCCCACCACCCACAGAGGCUUCCCACGCCCUCACCCCCACCACCCACAGAGGCUUCCCACACCCUAACCCCCACCACCCACAGAGGCUUCCCACGCCCUCACCCCCACCACCCACAGAGGCUUCCCACGCCCUCACCCCCACCACCCACAGAGGCUUCCCACGCCCUCACCCCCACCACCCACAGAGGCUUCCCACACCCUCACCCCCACCACCCACAGAGGUUACCCUCCCCCUCAACCGCACCUCCCACAGAGGCUUCCCACCCCCUUACCCGCACCACCGACGGUGGCUUUCCUCCCCCUCGCCCGCACCACCCACUGUGGCUUUCCUCCCCCUCGCCCGCACCACCCACUGUGGCUUUCCUCCCCCUCGCCCGCACCACCCACGGUGGCUUUCCUCCCCCUCGCCCGCACCACCCACGGUGGCUUUCCUCCCCCUCGCCCCACCAUCCACGGUGA